AAAGGGAACGGCGAGAGACAGUGGGAAAUGGAAAAAGGGCAGGGGCAUUGCAAAAAGCCGGGAGCAGUCUACUCCUGCCGCCAGCACAGUCGUACUUGAUACUCUCCCUCCGCACCAAGAAAUCACAAAAUCCCCACCCCUUUCUUCUUGAUCUCUCCACUCGCUUUUGAAUCCAGGAACGCUGAUCUUGCCGUGGAUCCCCCAAGAUCUUUCUGCAGCAGCAGCGUUCCGGAUCCCAUGGCUUCGCCGGCGCCGAAGGAGGGCGGCGGCAAGGGGGAGUGGCUGAUCUACGCGUUCGUGGCCCGCGGCAUAGCAGUGCUGGCGGAGUACACCGAGUUCACAGGCAACUUCCCGGCCCUCGCUGCGCAGUGCCUGCAGCGGCUCCCCGCCGGCUCCGCCAAUCCUGGCAGCAUGCCGGCCCGGCUCAGCUACGGCUGCGACGGGCACACCUUCAAUUUCCUCCUCGACCGCGGCUACGCCUAUUGUGUAGUCGCAAAGGAAUCUGUUCCGAAGAAUCUCACGGUGGCCUUUCUAGAAAGGAUGAAAGAUGACUUCAUGAAGAGAUAUGGAGGCGGUAAAGCUGAUACAGCUCUUGCAAAAAGUCUAAAUAAGGACUACGGACCAGUUAUAAAGCAGCACAUGCAGUAUGUUCUUGAUCAUUCAGAUGAAAUAGAGAAAACUUUGAAAGUGCAAGCCCAAGUUUCCGAAGUUAAAAAUAUCAUGUUAAACAACAUAGAGAAGACUUUGGACCGUGGAGAAAAGUUGACUGAACUUCAAGACAAGACUUCCGAUCUGUGUAGCCAGGCUCAGGAGUUCAAGAAACAGGGUGUGAAAAUUCGUAGGAAGACAUGGCUGCAGAGCAUGAAGCUUAAAUUGGUGAUCCUCGGAAUCCUUUUGCUUCUUGUUAUAAUUGUCUGGGUAUCCGUUUGUCAAGGCUUUGACUGCACCAAGCAUUGAGGGUAAGUACGAAUGGUAUAAAACUGUUAUGCAUGCUUAAUUCUAUGGCUUGACUCCACCCCUCAUUUAUUGCGGUAGGAAUGUAAAAUAUCUGAGUUGGUCUUGUUCUUCUCUCUAGAGUUGUAUUUGUACUGUACAACCAGAAUGGUGAUGUAAACGAAUCUGAAUUGGUCUUGUGCUCUUUAGAGCCGGAAUGGGACUGUACGACCAGAUUGAUAUACUCCCUCCGCGUGGAAAUAAGUGGCGUGGAUUUGUAUCAUUUAUUUUGGGACUCUAGUACUCCAUAGUAGUAUUGUUCCUUGUGUGGAGCGAACUGAA